AUGAAUCAACUAUUUGAUAUACUGAUGAAACAAAUUCUUAUUUUGCCUCAAUUGACGUUGUUAUUGUCAUUACUCAUUUCUUUACUACUUAUACAAAUAUCAGUAGCAUCAAACAGUGAAUCAAAACACUAUCUUUUAAUACACGGUCCAAUGCAUACGAAUGUUCAGAUUAACUCGACUGUACUAUUGAGAUGUCGUGUUCAACUUCAGAUUCAAAAUGAUCUUAAAGAAAAUCAUUACAAAGUAUUUCAGAAUAGUAAAUUGAGUAGUGAGGCAUACUUUUCAGAAGUUUCUUCAUCAUCAUCAUCUACCGUACCAGGAACAGUUUGGCAAGUUAUCAAUCCAUAUUUAUUGUCAGAUAAGUUGGAAAUCAUUGUUCAAUGGAUGAAAGAUGGAUUUGGUUAUGAUCAAGAUACGUUGAGACAAACAUUUAAUGGAAGGUAUACAUUAGUUGAAUCUGAGGAAAAAGAUGUAUAUGAUUUAAUGAUUAAAAAUAUACGUUUUGAAGAUGAAGGUGAAUAUGCAUGUCAAGCUAGAUUGAUAAAAAAGACAAAUUCUCAAUAUAGACCAUAUUAUUUAUAUCAAUUUGUUAAUCAAUCAAAAUUUUAUCAAAAAUCAAUAAAAUCGAAUAUAACCAAUCACUUUGAUUCAUCAAUAGAUGAUUUAUUUCAUUUACCAAUGAGUUUAAUUAAAAGUAAUACCGCAUACUUAAAUGUUAUUGUCCCUCCAAAAUCAAUAAAUUUAAAUAUUUUAUUGUAUGAAAAUGAAAAAUAUCGAUUUUUCUACAAUAAUAAUAAUCAAUUAAAUGAUCCUGUACAAAAUAAUCAAUUAAAUAAUCAAUCAAUAUGGAUUCAUUUAAAUCAAACCAUUCAAUUUAUAUGUAGUACAUCAUCAUGGAGUAAACCAUUAGGACGAUUAUUAUGGUACAUAAAUGAUAGAAUACUAUAUCAGAUUAAAAAUGAAAAGAUAACGAAUUAUGAUGUAACAAACUCAUCAUCAUCGUCAUCAUCGACAUCGACAUCGUCAACAUCAUCAUCGUCAUCAUCAUCAUCAUCAUGUCAACAUAUAAAUGAUUGUUUUCAAAAGAGAAAAGAAUUAUUCACUUGGUUAAAUAUGGAAUUUUGUAAUUUACAAUAUGGAUGUCAUAUUAUAAAUAAAACACAUAAUUCAAUGGUAAUUGAUCAUUUUUCAUAUACUGGACAAUUAAUUGAAUUUAUUCAAAUCAACGAUAUGCCUUCAGGUAUUCAAUUAUUUAAAACUUGGUCUAUUUUAAGUCUUAAUUUUCAUGGAACACAAAUGAAUCAAAUUCCAAUUAUGUGUUCAUUAGAAAAUCAGCAUGAUUAUAUACUCGGCAAUAACAAUAAUAAUGCAAAUAUUAUUCAAUCCAACAAAAUUUCUAAUUUAGGAGAUACAUCACUUAGAUCUAAUAUGAUCACUAUUCAUCUAUUAUAUAUUGAUAAAGUGUAUAUAGAAAUCUAUUCAGAUCUAAAAACAAUGUAUACGUCAUCUACUGAACAUUCAAUGAUAUUGAUAGAGAAUCGACCAAUUCAACUUGGAUGUUUUUGUGAAAAGAUUAAUGUACCUAUUCAUGCAAAUUAUGAAUACACGUGA